UCUGCUAGGCUGUCAGUGGUAGAUCUCAUCUUGCAGCUGAUGGGGCUUUACAGUACUGCACACCUGGAUCUGGAGUGUCUGGAAUAACCCUGGGCAACCCCCACACAGGGUCUGCUCUCUGGUCUGCAAGUAUGCACAGCCAUAUAUGGUAGUUCCCUAUCACUUUCCCAUUUACUUAAUUUACUUAAACUAUUUUCGCUGACCAGUUCUGAGCACUUCCAGUUCUGGGAAAUAUGCUGAGAAUGAUGGGCUAAGGUGACCAACCUUGGAGAAUAGAAACUGGACCUUAGAGGCUGAGUCAUGGUGAGGCCACCCUGUAGUCAGCACUGAGGCCCUUCCGUCUAAGUCUGCCCGCUGUGUAGGGGCCAUCUCCACUUGUCUAAGCAGUUUUCUCAUCUCCUCUGCACUUCCCUGGUGCCCAGCACAGAGUGCCUUUCAUACAGUGGCACCGUUGGGACACUGAGGACAUUGUAGCUUUGCCUUUCCUUCAGCCACAGGCCAUUAGGGAAAGAGCUUCAGAACACCAGUUGCCUGAGUGUGCAGAGUCUCUUCUGUCAGGUCUGGGGCCAAGUCACCAUGGGUGCCCCAGAUGGCACUUGUGCCAAACAGCAUAUGCUCUGUUUGGGAGGCAUCUACCUCGGGAAGGAUGUCUUGUGACUUCCUUGGUAGGAUUUCUCUGCCUUCUCUCCUUAUCAUCCCUCAGGAAAUUCACCCACAUGUCACUGUUAUUUUUCUCAGGAGAGUUUCUAGGUAUCAUUUCUCUGUUCUGCUUCUCUCCUGUUCCUGUUGGUGAUUCUCAGAGGGCCCUUAGACUUCUCCUGUUACUUCAAACCCUGUCAAAAGUAUCUCCUCAUUGGGUGCCCCAUUUUCACAUCCAUAUGAUGCCACCUGGCUUUGGAACCCAGAAGAAUCUCUGCCCCUCUCCAGCCCUGCCCAGUUAGGGAUUUUGUUCCUUUCUUUACAUGCUCUUGAUCAUGAGGUUUACUGUACUGACUCACCUAGGAGACUUCUAGUCCCCCUAAUCAGUCGCCCUUCCGGGUCUCUCUUCAUGCUCCAUCUUCUCCGGAACUAUUGCUGGUUUGGGGAUGAUGCCUUGCAGCCCACCUGGCAGUUUGGGCUUCCCGCUUCAGGGCUCCCACGUUUCUAGCCUCUCCUUGGGCUUAUCAAAGCUGUCUGUUAUCACCCCUGGUCUGGCACUUACCCACCCCACCUACUCUCUGUCCCUGAUGAGGGUGCUGAGCUUCCUCUGUCCUCUCAGCCAGUCAGAACCCACCCAACUCACCUCACCCAACCCCAGGCUCCUUAGCACUGUGGGUUAUACCAUUCAGCAUGAACCCCUGGCCUCCACCCUCAUUGUCACAGCCAUUAAGGAAGUUACUCAACAGAUACGGUGUGGCAGGUCCCCUCUCACUAGCUGAAAAAAUAUUCUGACCACGUCACUUCUGUGCCUGUAAUUCUGCAGUGGCUUCCUGUUGCACCUUGAAGAAAGCCCAGACUCCUUGCUCCACAUGACCCAAAUGCUGCCACUCCUCCCUCUUGUCACACUGGCCACACCUGUUUACCACCACUCCCUGGCCGUCUUUCUCUUCCUCAAAUUUGCAAGCGGUUCCUCUUCAGAGCCCCUGCUCUUGCUGCUUCCUCUGGUGGGAGCAUACUUCUUCCGUGUCAUCACAGGAGGCUCCUAGCCUUCACUUCUCUGCUCCGAGGCUGCCUUCUCAGAGAGGCCUACCUUGAUCCCUGCUCCCUGGCUGUAGUCACGUUUUCCAUCUCCCUGAUUGACUUCCCUUGGACACAUGCCAGAAACCCUCAUGGGUUUUCUUGUUACCUUUAUCUCUUCACUAGAAGGGGUUGGGUGGGCCCUGUCUCUGUCCUCAGCGCCUGGUUCAGGGUGGUUAUGUGUAGUAGAUGCUCAGAUGAAAGAUGGACUGUGGGCCGGGCAUGGUGAUUCGCUUGAGGCCAGGAGUUCCAGCCUGGGUGACAGAACGAGACCCUGUCUCUAUUUAAAAAAAAAAAAAAAGGUUGGACUAAGAGCCAUACAGAAAAAGUGGCAGAGGAUAUUAGAGGCAGAAGAGGUGAUCUCCAGUUCGGUGGGUCAUAAAAUGUUUCACACAAUGAGCUGGGGCAUUGGGCCAGGCCCUGAGGCCAGAUGGGGUGAGGGGCCACACAUCAGCUCUCCUGCCCCCUAUCUUGUGGUUUGUUCUCAGGUGGUUCAUGUGUCACCUCCUGUGUCUGCUUAAUUUCAUAAUUUUUACGGGGAUAUAAACAUUUGGUUUACACCUAUUGCAUUUGCACUGGCCAAGUCAGAGCUACAAGCAUGGCCCUCUCAGACCAUGCCUGUCGCACCCAUUAGAUGUGAAUUUACCCGUGCCCUCCUCUCCCCUCCUGUAAGGUGCCUAUUAUUAUAUACUUUCUUGCUGUGCACAGGCCAGGGCACUGUUUUUUUUUUUUAUGAUUUGAAAGAAGGGCAGAACUCUAAUCAAAUGUGGGAAUAAGCCUUUGAACUGGGAACAUUCUUGAAAGUGGCUUAGACUGCAGCCUGGGGUGUAGGGGUUGGGAGAUGAAGUCGGAGGGUUAGGGGCAGGUACCGAGCUUAGCUCUUAUUAGCUGCUGGAUCCCUUCUUGCAAGAGCUGGGUUGAGUUGCCAUCUUCUGUUCCCUGUUGCUUGUGCCAGUUCCCUGUCUUCUGGCAGCCAGGGCUUUGUGACCAUCAAGAGGAAUGGGCUUCUUUUCUCCAGAGAGCUCCAGCAGCUCAGGCUGACAGUGCACCACGUCCCAAAUCUUUCUCCUUGUUUCUCUGUGGUCUUUUCUUUAGUCACUUUUCUCUGAGUGUUUUUCUCUCUCAGUGUUUUUCACCUUCUGUAGUCUCUCCUGGUGGGAAGUGGCUCUUCCUGGUGGCCCAUCUCCUCCCUACCAGGCAGAUCCACUGGGCCUGGGUCUCAUUUCUUCCAUCUUUCUCAGGCAUAGGCAUCCCUGCCAGGUGGCAUUGGCAGGGCUCUGGGUAAGCCAAGUUGAAACUGAUUUGGUUGUUGUCUGACUAUUUAUCCCUGGAGCUUCGGUCUGGCCUGCCUUCCCAGGCCUGUGCUCCAGAGCCCGGGGAGACAAGAAACACUGGACCUUUGACUUGCAGUCUGAUGGGUCACUGCCCUCACCCCGUGUCCACCUGCACUGCUGAGGGUGUUGAACUGCUACAGGGUUGGUGCUGACAGCUGGCUCCAUGUGUACCACAGGGAAGCCCCCACACAGCUUAUCUCCAGGAGACCACCUCUUCCAGAAUGUUCUCCUUUAGUAACCUUUGUUCUGGUCAAGGGACUGUCCAUGGCCUAGAUUUAAUAAAAUUUACCGUAUUUCCUCAACACCUCUGGGGCACAAGUUUAAAAAGGUCAGAAUCUUUUCCAAAGUUCUUAUGAAUAAUUAGUCUUACAGGAGAAGGAAGGCAUGGUCCAGGUGUCACCCAGGGAAAGAUAAAGCUCCAAUAGAUAGAUUUGCCCACAGACCCAUGAGGGGGUUGAUGGGUCCCUGGUUUUAACUGUGUGACUCAAUGUUGUGUCAUUGCCCCUGCGGUUUCUGAUGCUGAACACAACCUGUAAAAUCCGCAUUUGCCGGAGAGUCUCAAGCCCAGAAGGACCCACUGCCCCACCGGCCAGGCUUUACGGGAGCUGGGGCAGACACGCACAGGCAUGGGCUCUCUUUACCUAUGAAGGCAACAGCAAUGACAUCCGUGUGGCCGGCACGGGGGAGGGUGGCCUGGAGGAGAUGGUGGAGGAGCUCAACAGUGGGAAGGUGAUGUACGGCUUCUGCAGAGUGAAGGACCCCAACUCCGGCCUGCCCAAGUUUGUCCUCAUCAACUGGACUGGCGAGGGCGUGAACGAUGUGCGGAAGGGGGCCUGCGCCAGCCACGUCAGCACGAUGGCCAGCUUCCUGAAGGGGGCCCAUGUGACCAUCAACGCGCGGGCUGAGGAGGACGUGGAGCCCGAGUGCAUCAUGGAGAAGGUAGCCAAGGCCUCUGGUGCCAAUUACAGCUUCCACAGGGAGAGUGGCCGCUUCCAGGACACGGGGCCGCAGGCCCCAGUGGGCUCUGUGUACCAGAAAACCAAUGCUGUAUCUGAGAUCAAAAGAGUUGGCAAAGACAGCUUCUGGGCCAAAGCUGAGAAGGAGGAGGAGAACCGCCGGCUGGAGGAGAAGCGGCGGGCCGAGGAGGCACAGCGGCAGCUGGAGCAGGAGCGCCGGGAGCGGGAGCUGCGUGAGGCCGCGAGCCGGGAGCAGCGCUAUCAGGAGCAGGGUGGCCCUCAGAGCAGGAUGUGUGAGCAGGAGCAAGAAGUGGUUUCACGCAACAGAGAGGAGCAGAAGUCUGCCAGUCAGCAGGCCACACACGCGAGGGAGAUUUUCAAACAGAAGGAGAGGGCCAUGUCUACCACCUCUGUCUCCAGCCCUCAGCCAGGCAAGCUGCGGAGCCCCUUCCUGCAGAAGCAGCUCACCCAACCGGAGACCCCCUUCAGCAGAGAGCCAACUCCCGCUGUCUCAAGGCCCAGGGCAGAUCUCUGUGAGGAGCCGGCACCCGGCACUCCUCCACAUCUGGUGCAGGCGGAAGAGGAGGCUGUGUAUGAGGAGCCCCCGGAGCAGGAGAACUUCUACGAGGAGCCCCCACUGGUGCAGCAGCAAGGUGCUGGCUCUGGGCACAUCGACCAUCACAUGCAGGGCCAGGGGCUCAGUGGGCAAGGGCUCUGUGCCCGGGCCCUGUACGACUACCAGGCAGCUGAUGACACAGAGAUCUCCUUCGACCCUGAGAACCUCAUCACAGGCAUCGAGGUGAUCGACGAAGGCUGGUGGCGUGGCUAUGGGCCAGACGGCCACUUUGGCAUGUUCCCUGCCAACUACGUGGAGCUCAUUGAGUGAGGCUGGGAGCCUGUCUUUCCCUUCCCUCUCAGACGUGGCUUCCUUAUUCCUGGAAGAGGAGGCCUCAGAGUUAGGUUCGGCACUCUUUCAGGAAUGGUGUCCCUAAUGAGGACGGGGCCUCGGGGCUCCUUCUGGCUUGGGUGGCUCAGCCUGUCACUCCAAAUGCAGCAAUUACCUGGUGAUUCCCAGACACACUUCCUGCAGGCUCCCAGGCCCUCCCAGGCAGCCUGGCCCUUGACCCCAACAGGAUAUUGAGCCAGGCUCCGCCUGUGGCCAGCCCCCUUGUGACCUCGUGUGUCUGCUGCCAAGCUAGGGACAGGGGUUCUGAGCUGGGGCAUCUGGAGGCUCCAGGCUGCCUUUUACAUUUGCCUUUUCUUUUUCUCAUGCUUGUAAGGGGUGGUGGCUGUUUAGAAUGACCCUUGGGAACAGUGAACUUAGAGAAUUGCUUUUAGCAGAGUUUGUGACCAAAGUCAGAGUGGAUCAUGACGGUUUUGGCAGCAGGGAAGUCAUCUUACUGGAGCCUGUUCUGUGCUCCCCACUCCAUUUCUCUGUCCCUCUGCCUGGGCUGUGGAAGUGGGAACAGGGAUGACCAAGCUCCCAUCUCUGGGUACGUGAAAACAACAGACACAAUGUGCUCUUCCAUGUGGCUCACUCACUGCUGCCCCCCCCCCGGUGUGCGCUCAGCUGACUCUGGCUUCAGGAAAAGUAACACAGAGUGGCCUUUGCCUGUUGUCUGCCCACUAUUUUCUGUCCCAGCCUAUCUGUGUCUCUGAACAAUUUGCGUUUGGACUAA